UGAGCGGCCGCCUGGGAGCCACUGGGCGCCUCGGCCUGGAUGAGCCCCCCGGCCCUGCAGCUCCCGUGCGUUCGCACCCCAGGAGAGCACCCGAAAGCCCCGUGGCUUCCCGUGGGUACGGGAGGCCAAGCACCCUGUUCUGCCGGACCUCCCGCCCAGGGUGGGUGCUGGGGGCCCGCUCUUGCAGCCCUGGGUGCCUGGCCGCUGGCUGGGAGCAAUCCCCAGAGUGUUUCCACCUCCGUGUCCUGCUUCUCCGCAGCCAUUGCCAUCACCGAGCAGCCAAUGUCCGCCUCCGUCCCCGUGGGGUACUCCUUCACCCUGCGGUGCAGAGCCGAGGGACGCACGUCGCUGCAGUACCAGUGGUUUUGUCAGCACCAGGUACCGGUGGGAGCGGAGUCUGUCUGCCACCAAAUUCCUGGUGCCACCAAGCAAGACUUGCCCAUCACUGCACAGCAGACCCAACUUUACACCUGCAGAAUCAAUGACCUCUACAAAAAUGCCGUCUUCUCUGACUGGGUGAAGGUGGAGGUCCAUCAGUGUGUCGCCAGAGGAGUGCCCCCUCGGCCCUGGCAAGGAGAGCCAGUCAUUGUCCUCAACCCCACUGAGCAGAGGGUGGAGGUGGGAAAGCCGCUACAGCUGCAGUGUGCCGCCAUGGGGGUCCCAGCCCCCAGCUACCAGUGGUACCGGAAUGGGAACCUGCUGGAACACCAGAAGAAAAAAAAACUCUGGAUUACCCAUGCAAAGGUCAGUGACUCUGGCACAUACCUCUGCUGUGCCUCCAAUAGCCAUGGAGAGCACUGGACCAACGCCGUGGAUGUUCACAUAGGUACAUGUCACUCUGAAAAGUUUUUUGCUACAGGCAAAAUAGCGCUUUUAGUGGGCAACAACCACUACCAGCAUCAUCCCAACCUCAUGGCUCCCGUCACAGAUGUGUUUGAGCUGAGCCAUCUUCUGGAGAAGCUGGGCUUCCAGGUUGUCUCCCUUCUGGAUCUGAACAAGACAGAGAUGGUGACAGCGGUCCGUCAGUUCCUGCAGCUCCUGGGGAAGGGAGUCUACGCUAUAUUCUACUACGCUGGGCAUGGGUAUGAGCAUUCAGGGAGGAACUACAUGGUCCCCGUUGAUGCUCCACAGCCCUACACCCCCGAGAACUGCAUCAGCGUGCAGAGGAUCCUCCAGAAGAUGCAGCAGCAGCAGACGGCCCUGAACCUCAUUCUGCUGGACACCUGCAGGAAAUGGUACAACCCAGAGUGUGCCCUCUCCCAGGUGCAGCCGCUGGAGCCCUGGGGCAACACCGUUUAUGGCUAUGCCACGAGUGAAGAUGCAGAAGCCUAUGAGUUGCAGGAUGGGGAGUUCAGCUCUGGGAUCUUCAUGAAAUAUCUGAAGAAGCAUAUUCUGAAAGAGAAGAAGGUUACACACAUGCUGGAGGAUGUGUUAGAAGACAUCGGCCGAGAUCCCUUGGUCACUGGGAAGCAGGUGAUGGAGAUCAAACACACUCUGAAGGAUGCCCGGUCCCUGACGGACCCAAUCUGUCCCUCGGGAGCAGCUGCUGAGCACUGGGGACACGGCCACGAGCUGCUGAGCAGAACCAUGACCUUCCCCUGCGGGGCACAGGCAGCCCUCCGCUUCCACCGGAUCUUCUCCAACGUGAUGUAUGUGUGUGCCAAGCUGCAACCCCCCCCGGCCCACAUCGCUGACGCCCGCCUCCUGCUCUGCCGGCCCACCGAGAUGGGUGAUGUGGCCACCCUGAAAGAGAGCUGCCUGAAUCAAGUGAAGUCUCUGCUCGCCUCUGUGUACAAGCAGGAGAAGCUAGACUGCGUCUUCCAGCUCUGUGGGCUACAGAAAAUUCAGACAGACGUGGUCCUGCAGUUGGAUUUGCAUUACACCCAGCUGAGCACAAAGCAGAGGACUUGUGAAAGCCUGCAAACAACCCUCGAGAAAUCUCUGCUGGGGCAGUUUUUCAGCCAGAGGAAUUACUCCCAGCCAGACUACCAGAGAACUCCUGCCUGUGCAGUCAGCAUGUGCCUCCAGGAUGCAUCGACACUGAGCACUGGCCCAAAGGGGCAAGUGUCUCUGAGGACAGGCUCUGGCUGCAGCUUGCCCAGCAGCAACCCCUCCAAAUCCAGCAGCGAGCCAGAGGAGAACGACGAGAGCGACCUGAGUGAGCUCUGCUCAGCACUGCUCCGGGCUGGCCCAGGGCAGGACCACCCCUGACCCCAGCCUUGGGAACUGCUAUUUUUAAUAGAGGCAACAGUAAUUCGAGUGCUAAAUGCAUCAGAAUCCAUCAGCUGCUUUCCAGCCUCAGCGAUCGCCCUGUCCAAAUGAGGCCAAGUCUGCCUUUUUGGAAAGUCUUCUCCCAUCUGCACCCUGUGGCGUGUGGGGCCUGGAGCCCACUGGAAGUAACCCCUGUCCCGCGGGAGCAGUAGGGAUCAGCAAGGAGUUGUCAUCGUGUCCGUGUCUGGCAGAGGACCCGGCCACCUGACAUGUCACAACAUUGCCAGGCAAAACCCAACACCACUUAAAGGCACCAGCUGAUGUUUUCUGCUUUGCCUAAAAGCAAACGUUACAGUAUUAAACGUGAUAAGAAACCCCUCAACACUACAGACCCGUACUACAGCAGCGACACGGCCUCAAAACCCAGCUACAGCUGCUGACUCCUCACACUUGUGCAGGGGACACAAAGCUUGACCCAGGGCACCAGGUGGAACUGCUUCCCUUAUAUAAGCUCUCCCCAGGGUUGCAGUGUGGUUUCCUUUCCUUGACAGUCCUGCCUGUGUCAAAGCAGGUUUUAAGUUAUGCAUUUAUGUAUUUCUAAAGAAUGUAUUUAUACUUGAGGCAAGACAAUUGCUUGCCAGGAGAAGGAAGGUCAGAUGUUCUGUCAAGUGUGUGUUUACAAUGGAGGCUGGUUUUCCAUCAGUAGUAGCCAGAGGGCAGGUAUACUUACACGUGCCCCUUCUAGCUUGGUAUGCAGGGCAUUAGAGGCUGCUAACUCCUGUGUGGUCCUGAGUUCCUCUCAGAUACAGAAUUUUCUACAUGUGAGAGACGGAAAAGACCAGGAUGGAGGAGGAAGACCCUCAGAAAAGUUAUUAUUAGUGCAAUUUUUUUUUUCUAAGUGCCUGUCUGUGCAUUCACUGCAGGCAGCCUCCAGCACCACCUGUCAUGGAGAACCAGCUGCCCAGACAGCCACAGAUGAGCAGGGCCCAAAGGACAACCCGUGUGGGCACCAUCUGCCCACUUCUCUAAUAUCUGUUUGAUAAAGGUUUCAGCAUCGCUCCAGGUGAUUGCUUAGCAAGAGCCUGGGAGGGUGAUCAAAUGGUUCUAACAGGGACCAGUGACUCCAGUGAAGUGUGGGAUCUCUAUCCUUGGAGGACAGUUCACCCUGGCCUGGAGAAGGUGCUGAGGAACUGAUCCAAGCAGUCAGGGCACUGGACCAGAGACUACCAGAAGUCCCUUCUGGCUGUUGUGGUCCUGUGAAAGAAAGAAAUUGGAGAUCAAAGACUUCUUGAGAACUCAAGGAUGACAGGGUGGGGAGUGUCCAAGCUCUUGUCUUCUUUCUUGGUCUAAAAGAGGGGUGGAAAGAGCACUUCCUAAGUUUUGGUUCCCUUUCAGCAGUGAAGAUACUUGCAUCUCUGUCUAUGAUGUCUGUUACAGCAUGGAAAAAUAGGAAAUAUUCCUUCCAGAUAAACCAUCCUACAAGUGCUGGAAUCCUGUCCAAAGAGAACAGAGGAGGCUUUUACUCUCUUCACAGCGACUAGAGCCAAGGGAGAGAGGCCCCAUCUGGCUGAAGUCUAGAAAGUGUCCUAGGAAAAGAUGUAAAGCUCAAAAAGAAAAUAAUUUGCAGGAUGCAGUUUAAAUAAGAUGGACUGAUAGAGAAGCUAAACCAGAAAAUAAUAAACUAAUUGAAGGGAGAACCAAAGAUAAUUCAACACCAGCAGAAACUUGAGACAGGUCAGUGGGAAUGGCGGGGCAGGCAUUUGGGAGAAGCUGAGAGGUUCUUGUCUCUAUGAGGAUUAUACACACCCUCCUAUACUCUUGGGGCAAAAUGUGUUUCUGGCUCACAUAGUCAUGACAAAUGUCAUCUCAUGUGAAUGUUACUCUCAUUCAAAGCGAGGCUGUUUAUUUUGUCUGAAUAAAACACUAUUGGUGUUUUUGAAUG